UUAAUGGGACUGUUGUUGAAAUUUAAAGUAACCUUCUAUUUAAAAAAAAAAAUUGCACGCCCGAUUCACACCGAUUAAAGCUUUAUUUGAACAAGUGGAUUGUGGAAGGUGUCUUCCUUUUUCCUAUAAUUAAUAAUUGAUUAAUACAUAAUAGUUAAUUUCCAAAGAGAAAAUAAUUGAUAUCUUGUGCAUUUUUAUCAUAGAAAGCUUUGAAGGACAUCGUUUUGAAUCGGACAUGCCACUCUAUAAAAUUACGCCUACAGUCCGCUUUUUAUUGAUAAAACAAUCUAUUUGCAAAGGUUUACCAACAACAGAUGAAAUAAUGAUGACCCAAUGUUCUUAAGGUUUGUGUGCUAGAGAAGGAGCAUGAACUUGCCACUCAUCAAACUGGUCAUAACUCUGGAGUCAUUCAUGCUGGCAUCUACUAUACUCCAGGUUGGUAAGCUGGUUGUAGCGACAAAUGAACUUGAAGAGAAGAGAUUAAUGGAUUUAUGGGAGAGAGCAAACCUAAACCAGGUUCCAGGGAUAGAGCUAGUAGAUUCUAAGGGUAUACAGGAACGGGAGCCCGCAUGUAGAGGUACAAAAGCAAUCUGGUCUCCUCAUACUGGUAUUGUGGACUGGGCAAGAGUUGCUCGGCAUUAUGGAACUGUUUUUAAAAGUCGAGGUGGUAAAAUCUAUACAGGGUUUCAGGCUUCUGAGUUUUCAGCCAUUGGUGAUACUGGAGUUAGAAUACGGAGUACAGAAGGAAAGGAAGUAAGCUGUCAGUAUGUACUGGCAUGUACAGGUCUUUAUGCUGACCGUGUAGCUGAGUUGACCGGCUGCAAUCCUGAACCUAAAAUUGUUCCAUUUAGAGGAGAAUACCUUCUACUCAGCCCGGAGAAAUCUAAAUUAAUCCGAGGAAACAUUUACCCGGUUCCAGAUCCGAGGUUUCCAUUUCUUGGAGUACAUUUCACUCCCAGAAUGAACGGAGAAGUUUGGUUGGGGCCUAAUGCAGUUUUAGCAAUGUCACGUGAGGGAUAUAGUUGGGGGCAGGUCAACCCACGUGACCUUGCUGAGGUUCUUGUAUAUCCUGGUUUUUACAGGUUGGCUCAGAAAUAUCUUGGAUAUGGUUUGGACCAGAUGCUCGGUUCCAUCUUUAUUAGGAGAGCAGUGAAGGAGUUGCAGAAAUAUGUUCCACAGGUUGAGGUCGAAGAUAUAUCCCGAGGUCCUGCUGGGGUUAGAGCUCAGGCCAUGAACUCCUCUGGGAACCUCGUCGGCGACUUUAUCUUCUCUAGGGGGGAGGGAACCAUCGGAGCCAGAGUUCUGCAUUGUCGAAAUGCACCUUCUCCUGCUGCAACAAGUUCUCUUGCAAUUGCACAGAUGAUCGUAGACAAGAUGAACACAGAGUUUAAUCUAAAUCUCAGAGUUUAAUCGGAAUCUUAGAGUUUAGUUUAAUCCAACCCCUUGUGUUUAAUCUGAACAUCGGAGUUUAAUCUAAACCUAAGUGUUAAAAUUAAUUUUCACAGUUACAUCUACAUCUUAGAGUUUAAUCCAAAAUCAACCUCGAGAGUUUUAUUUAAACCUCAGAGUUUUACCUAAACCUCAAAGUUUUAUCCAACCCCCAGAGUUUAAUCUAAAUCUCAGAGUUUAAUUUAAACUUCAGAGUUUAAUCUAAAUAUCAGAGUUUAAUUUAAACUUUAGAGCAGAUUUUAAUCUAAACCUUCAAAUCAAAUCUGAAUCUUAGAGUUUAAUCUAAACCUUCAGAGUAAAAAUUAGAUAACUCAAUGUGUUAGUUUUACUUAUAUGCAAGCAAGUGCUAGUCUAGUUUAAAAAAUAGUUAAUUGUUCUAACUGUUGUACAUUAGUCAAUUAUAUUUACAUAUUUAUAAAUUGCAAUUUUAUUUGAUGUGUAAUUCUUUUGGGUAUAUAAACCUGCAUUAAUAAUACACUCAGACAUCCAAA